GCGCGCGCUAGUCCGGGUCCAGGAGAGAGUGAGAGAGAGAGAGAGCAGCAGAGAGGAGAGGUCCAGGGAGCAGAGAGAGAGAAGAGGACCAGAAGGAAGGAACAACAUUUCACUUUCCGACCGUUUAAUUUCAACGUUUUUUUGGGCUGAACUUCGUCCCCCAGGAUGUGAAGCUUAAACGGAGUUUUAUUUGUUGAUUUUUUCCGCGGGAUUCGAGCGCCAUGGACGGGAUAACCGGAGCAAGAGGAGCGUUACUCCUAUGGCGGUCCGCCGGUAAUACUUCGACAGGCAGCUUUUAGCUAGCUAGUGCGUCUGCUUUACAAGUGACAGAGUGUAUGUUUGGUUAUGGCGUGUGCUGUAUCGCUUCCCAUAUGAAUUACCUUCUGGAUUCUUCUGGAGUUUGUAUAUUACAAGUUAUUAAACGGAGACAAUAAAGAAACAACAACAACAUGUAUGCUGGACGGAAAAGAAGAAAACCUGCGCAGAAGGGAGUCAAGCCGGCCCCGGCUGAAAGCGCCAAGUCCAACCCGUCCAAACGCCACCGCGACCGCCUGAACUCGGAGCUGGACCGGCUCGCCAGCCUGCUGCCCUUCUCCGACGACGUCAUCUCCAGCCUGGACAAGCUGUCCAUCCUGAGGCUCAGCGUCAGCUUCCUCCGCACCAAGAACUUCUUCUCCGUGGCGCUGAAGAACCAGCUGUCCAACGCCACGGCGAAGAGCAGCACUCACAGUGACGGCCGCGUGCCCGAGGGGGAGCUGCUGCUGCAGGCCCUGAAUGGCUUCGUCCUGGUCGUGACAGCGGAGGGAAUCGUCUUCUUCUGCUCUCACACCAUCCAGGAUUACCUCGGCUUCCAUCAGACCGACGUGAUGCACCAGAGUGUGUUUGAGCUGAUCCACACUGAAGACCAGCAGGAGUUCAGGAGCAACCUGCACUGGGCCCUCAACCCCCCCGCGGACCCAUCAACAGAUGGUGAGUCGGUUUCGACGUCUUCCUGCCUGGUGAGCUACAACCCCGACCAGCUUCCCCCGGAAAACUCCUCCUUCCUGGAGAGAGGCUUCGUCUGCCGCUUCCGCUGCUUGUUGGACAACUCCUCCGGCUUCCUGGCGCUGAACAUCCAGGGUCGACUCAAGUUCCUCCACGGCCAGAGCCGUCAACAGCGCGACAGCGAGGGGAGUGCCCUGCCGCAACUCGCCCUGUUCGCCAUCGCCACGCCCCUCCAGCCUCCGGCCAUCCUGGAAAUCAGGACCAGGAACAUGAUCUUCAGGACCAAACACAAGCUCGACUUCACGCCCAUGGCCUGCGACGCAAAGGGUAAAAUUGUUCUGGGCUACACCGAGGCGGAGCUGAGAGUUCGAGGCUCGGGUUACCAGUUCAUUCACGCCGCCGACAUGCUGCACUGCGCCGAAAAUCACGUCCGAAUGAUGAAGACGGGCGAGAGCGGCCUCACCGUCUUCAGGCUGCUCACUAAGGAAAACCGGUGGAAGUGGGUCCAGGCCAACGCCAGGCUCGUCUACAAGAGCGGCAAGCCAGACUACAUCAUCGCCACCCAGAGGCCCUUGGUGGAUGAGGAAGGAGGGGAACACCUGAGGAAGCGAUCGAUGCACCUUCCCUUCACCUUCGCCACCGGAGAGGCAAUGCUCUACCAGACCGGUUACCCACUGCACGGCUUCCCCGAUUCCGUCCGCGGCCAAGGCAAAGCCAAAGGCAGCAAGUCCAAGAAAGGCAAGGUGGACAAGAGCUCUUCAGACGACCUGGACCCAAAGUCCCUGCUGGGAGCACUGAUGAGCCAGGACGAGUCUGUGUACGUCUGCCAGCCGGACACGGAGCCCAAGGUGUCUUACCACAGCAGCCUUUUCAGUGAGCAGCAAGCUGACGGUGAUGGUUUUGGUGGCUUGUUGAGUGGCGAUGGCUGGCACAUUGCAUCUAAUGCGGCGACGGGGAGAUGCAACGGCAAAACAUCCAGUCAUGACCCACUGCUGGCCACUUUGGACUCUUUGUCCCUGGACGAAGAGGAAACGUGCUCCAACAGCGAGCUCUUUAGCGCCCUGGAGAACCUGUGCCUAAACGCCGAAGACCUGGAGCUCCUGCUGCUGGACGAGAGGAUGAUCCAGGUGGAGCUGGGCCCCGGCCACAUCCCAACACUCAGUGACCUUCUCACCAACAACGAAAUCCUUUCCUACAUCCACGACUCACUGGAAAGUGGGACAGGAGGGGAGGAACAAGGAGACGGAGGUGGAUUCGGACCAGACUCGGCCCAAAGUGUCUCCCAGCAGCCACAGGCGUGCCUCACACCUGCCGUCCCUGCAGCUCAUCCCAUCAUCCAGUUGUCGCAACAGAUGCAGCAACACGUGAAAGCUCAACCGGGGCAGAUUCAGCCCGGAACAGUGGACGCCAAGAUAUUAAAUGGCAUUCCUAACGGUCACUGGGUGGUAGCGACCGAGAGCCACCAUCACCCACACGCUGUACUCAAAGCCUCGCAGUUGAACGGCGAACUGAACUCGCUCCCGGAGUCGAGUCAACAGUGGCAGCUUCAGCAGGACCAGCACUCGCUCCUCCUCCAGUCCCAGGGUCAGGGGAGCAGCCAGAGCGCUUUGCCGCCCGGCUUCCAGAAUCCGCCAGGACUGCAAACGAACGGCUCUUACAUCCCAAACAGACACACGGCAUUUCCAGCAAACGUGGACGUCGGCCACACAGGUUACAGCGUCUUCGACACAAAUGGCGUGUCCACGCCAGACGUCUGUCACGACCAAAGUAUGGUGGCCGGCGCUCGGCCCUGCCAGCUCCAGGGUCACCAGAAACACCAGCACACGUUGCAGCAGACUCAGGUCCCCCAGUGUCCCGCCCAGAGCUCUACACUGGAGUUAGAGCACUUACUGGGUCUGUCCCAGCCACAGCCCAGCCUGCCGUCUUUAGAGACCUACGGCAUGUUCAACGCCACCGCACAAGACUCCUCUCACAGCAAGCUGGAGAAGGGUUGCCUCCUCAGUGCCGCCAACGCCGCGUACAUCAGGACGUGUCUGAUGCCCAACGGGAACGCAGUGGCGACCGGCGGCAUCCCAGACUCACUCCUCGCCCUGCAGGACCACCAGAAAUCUGGAUUUUUACUCUGAAAGGAGGAUGGCAGAGUUAUCAGCUGAGGCUAGAAGAGAAGAGAAGGUACAGAGGGGGGAAAAAAAGAGGAAAAACUCCCCUUUCGAUAUGACCGCAUCUUGUUCAUUUAACAAUUAGUGGGAAGAAAAAGAGGCGAAAAAGGACUCUAUAUAUCAGGCUCUCUCUUUGUUUCGAUGUCUCGUCCCUUAGUCGGACAUCCCACUCGUGAUGCUCUGUUCUCCGACAAAACAUGAUGGGGAAAACAAGUUUUUGUAUUUGUCUCGUGCGUGUUUUAAUAUUGCUAGUUGUGCUCUCACUGAAAGUUUAAUUUCUAUGUUUGUUUCCACUUUGCUAGAGGUUUUACCUGACUAGAGCCAAAAGCCAUCACCGUCUGAUUUGUAUAUACACUGUUAAAGUCCCGAAGAGAAGAGAGACGCUCUUUUUAUCUGUAUAGUCUUACGCUGACUACUUUCCUUUCCUUUUUUUCCACUACAAACUGUUUAAGAAAGCUAUAUUCCAGCCCAGACAAUCAAUAUAUGUUUCCGCUGUAAAGGUUGGAGCAGCAUAUAAUAUAAUAAAAAGCGGUUUCAGCACA